AUGUCUCAAAAGAACAAAGCAAAAUCAACACCUAUCUUGAAAAAGCCAUCAAACGCCUCUACCGAUUUAUCAGAAGUUCACCAGAAUCUUCUCAAUUUCAGAAACCAGAGCUUCACUACAUAUCAAGAAAGAGAAGACCAGCUCAAAACACCCUCUGAAUUUAGCAAUAAUGAUGGUGACUUCUUCGACAAUUAUGAGGAAAAAGAAACAGAAGAAGUAGAAAGUUAUUGUACUGAUGGCUCUGCAGAUGAUGAAGAACUUUAUAAAGAAGAAAACCCCUUCGCAAACCCUGAAAAUGAUAUUAAAGAAUUAGUGCAAGUAGAAACAUUAAAUGAAAAACAAAAAGAAAAGACUACUUAUCUAUUGCGGCAGUUUGGCAAUUUGUUUGCAAUCAGACUAGAUUAG